AUGUUACGGCCUUCAUCUUUUCGUGCUGCUCUUCGCAGCAGAGUUGCACGACCUACUCGUUUUGCAUCCACCGGCUCCAAUCCACAAUUGGAAGCAGCUCAAAAGAAGGCUCAGGAAGUCCUCUCAAGUACACAGCAGACGGCCACCAAAGCUUUAGAGAGCGCGAAGAAACUUGCUGGACCACUGGGGGAGACAGCUGGAAAAUACCUCGCUACGUACAAAGAGCCAGUUUUUUACAACUUCGCUGUUUUCCGAGAAAUUGUUAAACAAGUUUACCGCGCCGAAGGCCUUUCACCCCCAUCAUCCGUUGACGCAGUCCAGUCGGCAUACAGAACCAUAUGGACGAAUGCCACAUCAAAGGUAUUCUGGCAGAAAGCGAUUAAUAACGGAGAAAUUGCGAGACUGGGAGUCUAUGCUGUGGAGGCAUAUGGGAUCUUCAAGAUAGGCGAAAUGGUUGGGAGAAGGAGUAUUGUUGGUUACAAGCUUGAAUAG